AUGGAGACCAUCCGUGGUCUCCUCUGGAAGCCUACUCCCGAAGAACAGAAACGAAAAUGUAACGCCCUUGUCCGCUCCAACGUCCGCAAACUCGAACGCGAGAUCCAGCAGAGCAAAGCCGCCGAAACCAAGGCCAAAUCCCUAAUCCUAGAAGCCUCGAAGCGCCCCCAGAAGAACUCCGGGCAAGCCAAAGCCGCACUCGACGCGACCCGCGGUUUCGCCCGCCAGCUCAUCGGCAUCCGGAAGCAGACCAGCCGCCUCCUGACGGGCAAGGCCCAGCUACAAAGCGUGCAGAUGCAGGUCAAUGAGGCGUUUUCGAUGCGCAAGAUCGAGGGUAGCCUGCGCGCGAGCACAGGCAUUAUGAAGGAUGUGAAUUCACUGGUGCGGCUGCCGGAGUUGACGGGCACUAUGAGAGAGCUGAGUCAGGAGUUGGUGCGGGCAGGGAUCAUUGAGGAGAUGGUGGGGGAUAGUUUGCCGGAUAGCGAGUUGUGGGAGGGCGAGGAUGAUGCGGCGGAGGCGGAGGUGGAUAAGAUACUGGGCGAGAUUCUGAAGGAUCGGUUGCCGGCGAGUGCGGAGAAGCCUGUGGAUAGCGUUUCGGUGCAGCGCGUCGCGGAGGAGGUGGAAGAUCCGAAGGAACAGGAGAUGUUGGCGCAUAUGAGGGGACGGCUGGAGGCUCUCAAGGGCUGA